AUGGAAUUAAUAGAUAGAAUAGACAGAUUUAAGGAUCGCCAAUCUUGCUUUCAGCAAGUUGAUUUUUUCGGAGAAACAAAGCAAAGGUUUGAAAACUAUGGGAUCGAGCUUAGAAAGUCUCGAAGACUUGAAAACGCUAACUCCCCCCUCCGUGAGUGAACAAAACCAUUAGAAAAAUCCCUAUUUUUACCCAAAAAACCACCCUUCGUGAGUGAACAAAAAUUUUUAAUAGAAAAAAUUUUUGAUAUAUAAGUGAUAAUUGCAUAAUGAAAUCUAGAGCUAAAUCUGUUUAAUUUUAAACGAAUUGCUUUUAAAAUAUAAAUUUUAUAAAUUAAAUUAAUAUAUUUACUUUUCAAUUUUUGCGAAUUAAGAUUUUUUUAAAUUUCGAGAAACAAAAAUUUCUAUAUAAAUUUUUAAAAAAAAAAAAUAACCCCCUCCGUGAGUGAACAAAAUUUUUGUUCACUCACGGAGGGGGGGAGUAAGAAAAAGAGAAGCAUUGCAGGUGCCGCUUCAGCAAAAAGUGCCGAAGAUCAAAACUUCACACUUCAAGAUCUUCCUUCCUUACUCAGAAAAAUCAGCCCAAACAGUUUAUCAAACUCUACUGAAUCUAUAAACGCUAUAGCGAUAAUAGCAUCUGAAGAAAAGAAUAUCUCCGAUAUCCUUAAAGCUAGAGUUAUUGAUACAGUUUCAAACUGCCUUCAAGGAGUAUCUGAAAUUAAUUUAGAGUUUAUGAAAUCAAUUGCGUAUUUAGGCUUUAACUUGGCUUUUUGUGCCGCUUCAUGCGAUUUAGAAGAUUUAAAAAAAAUCCUCGAGUGGGUAAAUAGAAAUAAAAAAUAUGAAGAUAAUACAGUUAGAGAGGAUUGUAUUUGCACAAUUUACCAAAUAAGCAUCAUAGGAAUUGACGGAAUUGAGAUUAUUUUAGAUAAUAACUACAAUCUCGUUGAAUUUAUAGUAAAAACCUUAAAAAGCUCAUCAGAAAAAUCAGUAAUAUAUGCUAUCAAAAUUAUUAGUAAUUUCCUGGCUAUAAGCAUUGAUAUGGUGCAAGAUUUGCUUGACUUAAAUAUUUUGGAUGAGUUUUUACCUUUAUUUGAAAGUCAGAACUGUAAGAUAAAAUAUUACUUAUAUAGAACCUUAAGGAAUGUUGUUUCUGGCUUCCGUGGACAAAUGGAAAAACAAAUUGAUAGAUUUUUAUGCCACCAAAUUGCUUAUGAAACAAUUAGAGGGUUAAAUGAUAAAUCGCAUGAAGUGAAAAACGAAGCAGCUAAGAUGGUGAGAGAAAUGCUGAGAUCAGCUAAUAAUAACCAAAAAUUAAGCUUAAUCAAGCUCGGAAUAUUUUUGGAAAUUCCUGAAGCUUUGGAUGAAAAUAAUAGCCCAAAUUUUUUGUUAAAAAUUCUUGACAUUUCAGCACUGCUUCUACAAGCCGGUAGAGAAGAAUCAGAAACAUCUCAAGAAGGAAAAAAUCAAGUUGCACAAUAUUUUGGAGAUACUGACUGCCUACAAGAUUUGGAGGCUCUACAAUAUGCAGAAAACACAAAAAUUAGCCAUUUAGCAAUGGUGAUAUGAGGUGAAUAUUUUGGAAAUUCAGAAAAAGAGGAAAUAAAUUUCCCUCAUGCGCAACCAAUUAUUUUUGAAUUUAGUUAA